AUGUAAAAAGUGUGUGUCACCUUGUCAGAAUUGUUCAAGCAUCUCAACAUGCAAUACUUGUGUUUCUGGGUAUGUCUUUGACGGAAGUGAAUGUAAAUCAUGCGCUUUAGAAUGUGUUACUUGUAAUGGAUAGUUGAACUCUGAAUGUUAAAGUUGCAAGGAUACGUAUUAUCUUGAUGGAACUACAUGCAGAAGUAAUUUUUAAAAAAAUUAAUUUUAGAAUGUACUCAAAAUUGCUACUCAACUUGCUAAUUCGUAAAUAAUGUUGUGAAAUGUGAUGCUUGUGCUUCUGGAUAUUUUGGAAGUUCUUGCGAAUCAUGUUCUACAAACUGCAAAACUUGUGUUGACUAAGCAACUACUUGUACAUCUUGCACUAUUGGAUACUACCUAAUAAAUGAAACCUGUACUCAAUGCAAUCAACAUUGUGUAACAUGUGCUGAUGGAACAGGGGAAUGUUUGAGUUGCGAAUCUGGGUAUGUAGUUGAUGAAAACAAAAUAUGUGCAAGUAAUUUAGUAUCUCAACUUUAUAAUAGCUUGUUCAAAUUGUACUUGUGAAAAUGGUUAUUAUUACAACAGCACUGAUAAAUCAUGUAAGAAUUGUGAUGCAGCUUGUACAAAAUGUGAAGGAACUUCGAUAAAUUGUCAGACUUGUGGAAUUGGUUAUUAUUUAGAUAUUUCAACAUGCAAGAGUUGUAAUGCUCCUUGUAAUAUUUGUACUUCAAUAAAUAUUUGUACUUAUUGCAAUAGUGGAUACUUUUUAAAAAAUAAUAGUUGUUGGCUUUGUGAAUUCCCAUGUGUCAAUUGUUUAGAAGCCGGAAAUAUAAAUUGUUCCCUAUGCGAGACUGGAUAUUAUCUAGAUGAAUAAAUAUGCAAAAUAUGUGAUUCAGGUUGCAAAAAAUGUUCAGGCACUUCUAUAAACUGUUCAGAAUGUCAUAUUGGAUAUUAUUUAUCAGGGGCAACUUGUUCUCAGUGCUCAAACCAUUGUAAUGUUUGCGCAUCAGAAUCUCAUUGUUCUUAAUGUGAUACUGGAUAUGAAAUAGUAAAUGGUUUAUGUGUCGCAUGCUAAAAUAAUUAAUAUUACUUAAACUAAAAAUGUUUAUAAUGUGAAACUCCUUGUUAUUCUUGUUAAUAGACUGCAAUUCAUUGUACAACUUGCAUAGAUGGCUAUUACUUAUCAAUACAGUUAUGCUUUUAAUGUGAAUCACCGUGUAUCAAUUGUACAUCAUUAACUGAUUGUUUAUCCUGCAUAUCUGGAAAAUAUUUAAGUAAUAAAAAAUGUGAAAAUUGUGAAUAACCUUGUGCAACCUGUACUUCAUCAGGCACUAAAAAUUGUCAGUCUUGUUAAUCAGGUUAUUACUUAGAAAAUAAUUAAUGUAUUUAAUGCAAUGUUGCCCUUACAGCUUGUUUAAUUUGCAGUAGCAAAAUGAUUUGUUAAAACUGUGAUUCCACACAUUAUUUGAAUAAUGGGUAAUGUUUAGAAUGCUCAACAAAUUGUAAAUCAUGUUCUAGUCAAGAUACUUGUACCAGUUGCAUAGAUACUAAAUAUUUAGAAACCAACAGUUGUAAAUCAUGUUAGUCUCCUUGUCUGAAUUGUGUAGCAAGUUCAACCAAUUGCCUAAGUUGUGUAGAUUCGUAUUACCUUAAUUAGGUUUAUUGCAUUAGUAAUAUUUUUUUAUUAUUUUAGAAUGUAAGUCUCCAUGUUCAAAUUGUGCUAAUGAAAACACAUGUCUAAGUUGUGAAGCUGGAUAUUAUUUUUCAAAUGGGUUAUGUUCAAAAUGUGAUAAUGCAUGUUAAUUAUGUUCUGAUUCAGCAACUUAAUGUUCUCUUUGUCAAAGUGGAUAUUACUUAUCUGGAACAAAAUGCAUAGGUUGCGUGUCUCCUUGUUUAACUUGUUCGACAGACUCAUCUUGCAAUAGUUGUGUGAGCACAGCUUAUUACUAUUUUAAUAAUAAGUGUUUAACUUGCAAAUCACCAUGUUCAACUUGUAGUGGAGAAUUUUCUUGUUUAAGUUGCAUAAAUGGAUAUUAUUUAAAUGGAAGUAGUUGUAUUUUAUGUGUAAGUCCAUGCUAAAAUUGUCUUUCAUCAUAAAUAUGUAGUAGUUGUGUGGAUACUUAUUAUCUUAAAAAUUCUGUAUGCACAAAAUGCCCAACAGAAUGCAGAGAUAAUUGUAGUGUAGUAAAUAACUAGAUUUAAUGUAUGAGUUGUGCAGAUGGCUAUUUUAACAAUAAUUAAAAUUGUGUUUACUGCUCAACUAGCUGUAAGACUUGCUAAAACAUAGAAAGUGAAUGCACUUCAUGUGUAAUUGGAAAAUAUUUAUCUAAUUCAUAAUGUCUUGAUUGUUCAACAAAUUGCAUCGAAUGUGAAGCAAUUACUGGAAAUUGCAAAGUAUGUCAAAGUGGGUUCUCAAUUAAUGCAUUUUAUAAAUGCGCUGAAUGUUCAACUUGCAAUUGUCCUAAUGGAUAAUUUUAUGAUCAAAUAUAAAAUAAAUGUUCCAGUUGCGACUUAAGAUGUGAAUAAUGUUUCGGAGAGCUGGUUUCUUAAUGUAAGCAAUGCAUAAAUGGGUAUUAUAUUUAAGAUAGUACAUGUAUUUUAUGUGAAUCACCAUGCAUAAAUUGUACAUCUACAUUAGCUUGUUUAUCAUGCAUAAGCACAACUUAUUUGAGUGGAACAUCCUGUGUAACUUGUUAAUCUCCUUGUGUCAAAUGUUAAAGUGAAGGAAAUACUAAUUGUUAGGAAUGUGUUUCUGGAUAUUAUUUAAGUGUAAGUGUUUGUACUUAAUGUGAUGUAAAAUGUAAAACUUGUACAACUUAAAGUAUAUGCUAAUCCUGUGCAGAUGGAUUUUAUUUAAGUGGAACUAAAUGUGUUUAAUGUCCAGCAGGUUGCAUAGCUUGCACAAAUGAUACAACCUGUACAGGAUGCAGUUCUGACUAUUAUCUAGAUGGAAUAUGUAAAUAAUGUAGUGUUGGAUAAUUUAUAUUUAAUAACUCUUGUUCAUAAUGUGAAUCUCCUUGUGCUUCUUGUGUGAUAAAUGCUUCUAAUUGUUUAAGUUGCAUAGAUUUAUACUAUAAGCCAACAAAUUUAAAUACUUGUUAGGCAUGUGUUUCCCCUUGUAAAUUAUGUAGUUCAGAUUUUGCUUGUUUAUCAUGUCAUAGUGGUUAUUAUUACACAAGUUCAAAUAACACCUGCACCUCAUGCUCUUCCCCUUGUUUAACUUGUCAAACUGUAGGAAAUACUAAUUGUUAAUCAUGUGUGAUUGGAUAUUACUUAGAUGGAUAGAUAUGCAGAGAUUGCACUUCAUUGCCUUAUUGUGUGUAGUGCUCAAACUCGUCGGUUUGUACAAAAUGUGAUAGCACUCACUAUGUGAAUAAUGGUUAAUGUUUAACUUGUCAACCAAGAUGCUAUACUUGUGACAACUCUGCUACCUGCAAUAGUUGUUUAAGUGGUAGUUAUUUGAAUAGCUCUUUUACAUGUUUAACCUGUAAAUCUCCUUGUCUCACAUGUUCUGGAACAGAUGGUUUACUUUGCAGUUCUUGUGAAAGCAAAUACUAUCUUAAUGUAUCAUCAUGCACUUAAUGUGAUUCUCCUUGCAUAACUUGUACAACUGCUACUAGUUGUAGUUCUUGUAUUGAUGGAACUUACUUAAAUGGUAAGGAAUGUUUAAGUUGCAAUUUUGCUUGCAAAAAAUGUUCUGGAUCUGCUUCAACAUGCUCAUCUUGUUCAGAUGGAUAUUAUUUAAGUGCAACCUCAUGUUUAAAUUGUAUAGCUCCAUGUGCAACUUGCAUUGAACUCUCUACUAAAUGUUUAAGUUGUAAUACAUUAACAAAAUACUUGAUGAAUAACAUUUGUGAAAAUUGCGUCUCUCCAUGUGCAACUUGUUCUAGUGAAUCCUUUUGUUUAAGUUGUGUUUCAACCUUCUAUCUAAAUUCUUAAAAUACAUGUUAAUAAUGUGUAUCACCUUGUACUACUUGUACAACUUAAACUUCAUGUUUAUCCUGCAUAGAUGGCUAUUAUUUAUCAGGUACCCAAUGCUUAAUUUGUGACAAUAACUGCAGAACUUGCUGGAAUAAGGCUGAUUAUUGUAUGACUUGCACUUCAAGAUAAUUUUUGACUUCAGAAAAUAAAUGUUCACCUUGUACAUCUCCUUGUUCCUCUUGUAUUAAUUCAGCAACCUCUUGUACUUCUUGUUUAGAUCUAUUUUAUUAUGAAACUAAUAGUUGCAAGAGAUGUGUUUCCCCUUGUUGGACUUGUGAUUCAAUAAAUGUGUGCAAAUUAUGUUUGCAAGGUAAAUAUUAUGAUUAAACACAAAAAAACUGUCUUGAUUGUGAUAAAAAUUCAUGUAUUACUUGUACUGGUACUUCAACUACAUGUUUAAGUUGCGCUUCUGGUAAAUAUUUGGAAAAUAAUACUUGUAAAACAUGUGAUCCAAAAUGUGUUACUUGUACAAGUCUGGUGACCUGUUAAUCAUGUGCUGUUGGUUACUAUUAUAAUGGUUCAGAAUGUAUCGCUUGCACAUUACCUUGCAUUGAAUGUAACUCAGGCUCAAUUUGUACCAAAUGUUAAAAUGAUUUCUUUAGACUUAGCUUAAGUUAAUGCAUUAGUUGUGCUUCACCUUGUAGAACUUGUGACUAAGAUGUUUGUAAAACCUGUAUAAAUAAAUAUUAUUUUGAUCUUGUUGAAACAGAUACAACAAAAAAAUGUAAACUAUGUGUUAGUCCAUGUGACUUAUGUACAACUUUAAAUAGUUGUGUAUCUUGUGUUUCAGGAUUUUACUUAGAUGGAACAACUUGUGUUAAAUGUACUAAUAAUUGUAACACCUGUGAAACUGCUACAAGAUGUAUUACUUGUGUUAGUAAUUCAUUUUAUUUAUCUUCUACUAAUGCAUGCUUACCAUGUAGCAAUAUGGAUGCAUCUUGUUUGACUUGUAGUGCCUAGAACAGAUGUUUAACAUGCAAGGAAGGUUUUUAUAUAUAUACUCAAACUUAAAAUGGAAUUACUACCAGUACUUGCUAGGCUUGUUCAGUGAAAUGCUCAUCAUGCACACAGUCCUUAUCUUAAUGUUCAAGAUGUGCUGGUAAUAGAUAAAACACUCCAUAAUGCACAACCUGUCCAUAUGGUUUUUUUGAUGGUGGCUUAUUAAAUUGUGAAUAAUGCAAUACUAAAUAUUGUAUCACUUGUAGUGGAUCUGCCAAGAAUUGUCUUACCUGUAUAAAUUAAAGAAUCUAACCUCCAACCUGCUUCUGUAAACCUGGUACUUAUACUUCUGGAGAUGAUUGUAUUUAAUGUAUGGCUAAUUGUUCAUCUUGUACAACCUCUAAUUAAUGUACUUUAUGUAAUACUGGAUUCUAUUACAAAUAGAAUUGGGAUGGAUUAGGAAAUAAUAUUUGUACAAAUACAUGUGGUGAUUCCUUUUUUUAGGAUGUCAAUAACUAAUUAUGCAUCAGAUGUCCAAUUUCAAAUUGUAAAGUUUGUAUUUCAACUACUGACACUGGGUGCAUAUAAUGUCUUCCUUCAAUACCAUAAAGUGCUAAUGAUUCUAUGAAUAAUGUCUGUACAUCCACCACUUGCAGUUUGUAUUUACAAUAAUAAAGAUAAUGCUUGAUUUAAUGUUUACCUGGAUAUUAUAAGAAUACUGAUUUUGCUUGUGCAAUUUGUGAUAAAGCAUGCAAACAAUGUCAAGAUACUGCUUCAGCAUGUACAGAAUGCUACCCUAAUAUGUAUUUGUAAUAUACAGCAGGAUAAUCAGUGAAAGGCUUAUGUAUACCAGAAUGCUAGACAACAUUUUAUCAAAAGCCAUCAUCAAUUCCUACUGUUUCUGGAGGUAUAUGUGUUAGUUGCCAUUCAACUUGCAAGGAUUGCACUGAUGAUUAAGAAAUCUCUUGUAUUUCCUGUUCAGCUGGAAGAUUUUUACUCAAUAAAAGAUGUCUAACUAGUUGCGGAGAAAAUGCAGGGUUUGUAGCUAAUACUGAUACAAAUAGAUGUGAUUAAUGUGCAGCUAAUUGUACUUCAUGUACAUCAACUUCAGCUUAAAGAUGCACAAAAUGUGUAAGUACUCAUUUCUUUAUGUAAAACUAAUGUCUUGCUCAAUGCCCAUCAGGAUAAUUUGGAGAUCUAAACAAAGUCUGCUUAGCAUGUAACUCUUCUUGUUAAACAUGUGAUGGUCCUUAAGAUAAUAAUUGUUUGUCAUGUGGAGCAUCCAUCUUCUAUUUAGCUUCAACAAAAAGAUGCACAACAUUGUGCCCUGAUAAAUUUUAUGGCAAAACAGACACAUUUAGAUGUGAAAAUUGUAUAAAUGGUUGUCUAAAAUGCAUUAAUCCAAUAGAUUGCUAAUAUUGUGACGAAGGUUUCUUCCUUAAUACCUUAAAUAAUAUCAAUAAUUGCUUAGCUUAAUGUCCUGAUGGAUACUUUGGAGCAGUAACUGCUAGAGCAUGUAGGAUGUGUGAUCCUGGAUGUAAGACUUGCAGAGGCUCCACAUAAUCUGAUUGUAUUAUAUGUUCUGCUGGUAGAUUCAAUUAUUUGGGAGAUUGUAUUGCAACUUGCCCAGCUGGUACUUUUUUAGAUACUGUAAAUAUGAAAUGUGAUACUUGUUCAUAAGGAUGUGCCACUUGCACAGCGAUUGGGAUGGGUAAUUGUAACACAUGUGAUUUUGGAUACUUGUUCUAUAAUAGAGGUUGCUAUAUAAGUUGUCCAACUGGAUCUUAUAGAACAGGUACAACAUGUACAUCUUGUAUAUCAAAUUGUUCAGUUUGUAAUGAUAGCAUAGCUUGUUAAAGAUGUAAUGACUCAACUUUCUACACAGGAGUAUUGUGUUCAUCAAGUUGUUUAAGCAAUUAAUAUGGAGAUGCUUUAACAAGAACAUGCAAAUAAUGUGAUCCUAGUUGUUUGACAUGCUUUGGAGCUAAAAUAGACAACUGUCUUAGUUGCAAUACUACCUUCCUAUUUUCAAAUUCUUGUAAUUAAUAUUGUCCAGAUGGUUAUUAUGCUGAUUUAUCAACAAAGAGUUGUAAGAAUUGUCUCUCUACUUGUGCUACUUGUACAAAUCCCACAUCUUGUGCAUCAUGUACUUAAGGUUCAUUUUUAACAGGAACUCCCCCAUAAUGUUUAACAUCAUGUCCUGCUGGAUUUUAUGGAGAUUCUGGAACAAGAACCUGCAGAGCUUGUUUUGCAGGUUGCAGAACAUGCUUUGGUACAACAGCGGACAAAUGUUUAUCAUGUUUAGCUAGUGCUAGUCCUAGAUUGUUCUAUUUUAAUUAUUCUUGUAAUUAAACAUGUCCAGAUGGAACAUUCCCAAAUACUUCAAAUAGUAAUUGCGAUUCUUGUAAUUAAUUUUGUGGUAGAUGUGUUGAUGCCACUGCUAAAUGCACUUUAUGUAAUACAAAUAGAUUCAUGAGUCCUUUGAGUGCUGAUGCUAAUUCACCAUGUUUAACAGUUUGCCCUUAUCAAUACUUUGGAGAUAAUAUUACAAGAACUUGUGUAUUAUGUGCUACAAAUUGCAGAAGUUGCACUAAUUCAGCAGCUAAUAGUUGUACAGCAUGCAUGAACACAAACAUCAAUAAUUAUCAAACUAAUUUCUUUUUGUCUUAGAAUAGUUGUGUAGGAUAAUGUCCAAAAUAAUUAGUGAUGAAUUAGGAUGGAAGUUCUACAGAUUAAUAAUUAUAUGGUGAUAUUACAUCUGAUCCUUUCUCUUAUAACUGUGUGUCAAGAUGCCCUCCCCUAACAUACAGAAAUAAUUUAAUUAUGAUUUGUGAGUAGUGCCAUGUUUCAUGCAGAACUUGUGAUGGAAUUAAAGAAGAUUAAUGUUCAGGCUGCUUUACAGGGUUUUAUUUGUAUAAAGGAAUUUGUUCAUCUGGAUGUCCUGCAGGUACAUACUUGUAUUCAGUGACUUCAUCUUGUGUAGAAUGCAAUUCAAAAUGCAAGGAAUGUGAUGGACCCAAUGCCACAGAUUGUACUGCAUGCUCAUCACCUUUGGUUAAACAAGGUAGAGAAUGUUUGGAUAAUUGCAAUGAAGGGUAUGUUGUAGUAGAUUAAGUUUGUGUUUCUUGCCAUUAUACUUGCAAUUAAUGCAUAGGUAAUGACAUAUAAGAAUGUAUUUCCUGCUCUCUAGGAUUAUUCCUUCAAAAAUUACAAGAAAGUGACCCAAGUGGCAAAUGUGUUUAAAGUUGUAAUUCAUCAUACUACCCUGAUACUAUUGAUAAUACUUGCAAAGUUUGUCAUUCAACUUGUGUCACUUGUUUAGGUCCUGAAGAGAAUGAUUGUAUCACUUGCAGUGGAUCGUUGAUGUUUAUGGAAGGAAUCUGUAGUGAUACUUGCAUAGCUGGGUACUAUUUGAAUAUUAAUGAAUGUGGAUAAUGCAAUUUGUCAUGCAGAACUUGCAAUGGUCCCAAUUCUAAUUAAUGUUUAAGUUGUAGUGAUUAACUGUUCUUGUUUAACUCUUAGUGUUUAAUCUCUUGCAUUGAAGGAUACUUUGAGAAUGAAGUUAACCACUCUUGUGACAAGUGUCUAGAUAAUUGUUUGACAUGUACAAAUAGCAGCACUUGCAAUGCCUGUGAUAUUUCCAAGUUCUUCUUAUUAGAGGAAUAUUGUUACGAAUAUUGUACUUCUGGAUUUUACUUUGAUUCUGUUCAAAAAAGCUGUUAAAGUUGCUAUUCAUCAUGUUUCACUUGUUCUGGUCCAGAAAGCAAUCAAUGUUUAAGUUGUGAUACAGAUUAAUUCUUAAAAGUGAAAUUUAAUUCUGAUACUAGUUAAUAUGAUUGGACAUGUGAAUAAUAAUGUGGAGAAUUCUUUUCUCCUGAUAUCUAAAAUGCUGUUUGUUUGUUUGAUAAUUGUGAUACUAGCUGUUCUACUUGUUUGAAUGAUUAACCUACUACUUGUAGAUCAUGUAAUAACUUAAUUCUGUCCAAUUCAAGAUGUUUGGCUGGCUGUUAAGAUGGAUACUUUGUAGAAAAUAAUUCAUGCAUCCUUUGCAAUAGAUUAUGUAAGAUUUGUAAUGAUAAUUCAACUGUUUGUUCAUCCUGCGCAGAUAUUGCUUUGAGAGUUGACGAUUCCUAUUGUGUUAGUACCUGUCCAGAGAAAUAUAUCAAGCAUGUUAAUUAACCAAUUUGUGUUGCAUGUGUUGCUAAUUGUUAAACAUGUGUAUUUGAUGAAAAAUUAGUUGGAUCAACAAAAUGCCUUAAAUGUGAAUCAAGCUUUUUCGUUGAUUUAAUAUAUGAUUCUAAAAAAGCACUAAUAAAUGUACAAUGUUAAACCUAAUGUCCAGAUGGAAAAUACAAUAACCUUGAUUCAUAUUAAUGUACUAAUUGUGAUUGGACUUGUAAGACUUGUUCAGAGUCAACAAGUUUAGACUGUAAUUAAUGUGGUACAGUAACUCAUCCUAAAACAGGUGCUAUCUAAAUUAGAUAUAUGGAAGAAGGCAUUUGCAAAAUAACAUGUUAUGCUGGUUCAUAUGCAAACAUUGAUGAAAAAAAUGGAAAUACUUGUUUGGUUUGUAAUUCAAAAUGUAAGACAUGUUUUGGAGUUCUAGAAACUAAUUGUAGUAGUUGCUAUUCUACUACUUAUCUUUCAGUUGAUGGUAAAUGUGUAAAAGAUUGCUCAACUGGUUAUUAUUCCAAUGAUUCCAAUUAGAAAUGUGAAAAAUGUUAUACUGGAUGCUCUAAAUGUGAUGGUAUAAAAUCAACACAGUGUUAAGCUUGUGAUAAUGGAUUCUAUCUGUAUAAAGAUACUUGUUAAACAGAUUGUCCAGAUGAAUAUUUUAAAGAGGGUAAUAUAUGUUCUGAAUGUGACAAAUUCUGUUAUAAUUGUACUGGAAAAGAACCUAAUUAAUGUAUUUCAUGUCCAAGUGAUCUUUAUUUCUAUCCUGAGGAAAAUACUUGUUAUAUCGAAUGUCCUCUUAGAUCAUUCCUUAAUCCAUCUACAUUCUAAUGUUAGAAGUGUCAUUCAUCAUGUCUCACUUGUACAAAUGAAAAUGAAAGUAGUUGUUUAUCAUGCCCAUAAAAAUAGGCAGAUACUGAUAUAUAAACUUAUUUAUUAGAUGGAAAAUGUGUUUAAAAUUGUGGAAAUCAUAAAUUUGGUGACCCAGAUUCUUUGAAAUGUUAAGAAUGUGCAAUAUAAUGUACGAGUUGUUCAAUUAGAAGUAAAAACUGUAUAGGAAGUUGUCCGGCAAAUAGAUUAACAGUACCUUAAUGUGAUUGUCCAACAGGAUAUUUAAUAGAUUCUCCUGAUGCAGUUUGUGAAUAAUGUUAUUAUAAAUGUUCAACAUGUAAUGAAGCAUUUAUCAAUUGUUUGAAAUGUGCAGCUAAUAGAAAUUAAGAUGCACCAUUUUGUUCAUGUCCUCCUGGAUACUUUGAUGAUGAAGAGAAUAAGAAUCCUAUAUGUUAACCUUGUGCUUGGUAAUGUGCUACUUGUCAAAAAAGAAGUGAUUUAUGUAUUACCUGCAAAGGAGAUAGAGUAGGUUCAAGUUGUGUUUGUCCAGCUGGAAAAUAUGAAGACUCAUCAGUUUAAAAAGAAAUGUGUUCUACUUGUGAUCCUACUUGUUCAACUUGUGCAGUAAAAGCUAAUUAUUGUAUAACUUGCAAAGGAAAUAGAUAUUCAGUAAUAUUACCUGAUAAUCCAAUUUAUAAAUUAUGUUUAUGUUAGAAUGGACUUUUCGAAGAUGGUAAAUCUACAAAUUGUCCUUAAUGUGAUUUCAAAUGUACCACAUGUAUAAGUUCAAGUUCUAAUUGUUUGAGUUGUAGAGGAGAUAGAAUCUUAGGAGAACAAUGUACUUGUGAAUCUGGAUAUUUUGAUGAUGAUAUCAAUGAUAAAUGUUAGAAAUGUGAUUUACAAUGUGUCACUUGUGAUAAAAAUGGUUGCCUAACUUGUGCUGGUAAUAGAGAAGGUCCUGAUAUUAUAAAAAUGUGCAAUUGUCCAGCAACAGGAAUUGAUAGAAGAUAACAUGGAUAUUCUGAAUGUGGAACUUGUGAAUAUGGAGUACCCUAUAUAAAAAUGAAGGAUACUUUAGACUCCAUGAAUAUUAUUCUUGGUGGAAUUUUAAUGUUCAAAGGAAUAAAUGAUCCCACAAUACCAAGUAGAGAGGUCUGUCAAAAAUUAUUUAAUGAUGAUGAUUUUAUCAAGUUAGGAAGUGGUAAACCUCUCUGUAAUGUGGAUCCUAAUAAUUAAAGAUAAAUAAUUGUAGUUUUUGGAAAUAAUGCUUAAUUCUUAAUAGGAGGUACAAUCACUUUGAAUACAAAAUCAGUUUUAGGUAGAAAAGAUUGUUCAGGAGUAUUCUACACUAAUUUCUUUGCUGCAAAAAUUAAUGGUCCUGAUGUUCCUGCAGCAGCUUAUGUAAAGUUUACAGGACCUUAAUUUAGUAAUUUAUGUAGUAAGAUCACAUUCUUCCCAAGUCAGGUAUUUAAUGAUGGUGGUCGAGGUUUGACUAUGAAAUCAUGGUCAAUAGUAUCUAUUGAACCAGAUAACUCUAGUGUUAGAGGUAGAAUACAAGCUUUAUUUGAUAUUGCAAAUACUGCCAAAAAUAACAAAAUUGAAAUACCACCUAUGUUUUUAUCAGAAUAUUCUAAAUAUGUAUUUAAAUACACAUUUGCAAACUUCUUAAAUACAGAAUUUAGUACAGAUUACACUAUUUCUACAACUACUUAUGAAUCUCCUUAUGUUUCAAUAGAAGAACUAGCUCCACAUGUUUAUUAUACAAAUGCAAGAAUCAAAUUAAUUGGUACUAUAAUUCAUCAAAGUUGUGUCUCUGGAACUACAGAAAUCAUAGCUUCAACAGUGAAUUAUGAGUGGGUUUCAAAUAGAGUUAGUAAGGGAGAUGUCAGUUCAUAUCUUCUUUAAGAUACUAACUCCCUUGUGGGUAUUAAGUCUCCAGAUGUUUAAUUUAUUUAACUUGAAAUCCCUCCUUAUUCUGGUAGAGGUGGAUUUUCAUAUGAAGUUACUUUGAUAGCAACCUUAACAACUAAACCUAUUUCAUCAAAUUAUACAGUAGAUAUCACCCUGCUAAAUUAAGGAUUAUAGGUGGAAAUUGAGGGAGGAAACAGAAUGAAUGGAUAUGCUGUGCCUUUGAAUGUUAAUGGAUGGGCCAAAGAUCCCAAUAUUAAAACUGAUUAAAGUGUAGGAAUUGAAUUAGUUUGGAAAUGUGUCAAUCUCAAUACAAAUCUACCAUGUGCUGAUGUCUAUGACUAAGAAAUACCUCUUAAUAGGACUAACUCUUAGUUUGUAGCAGCCAAAAGAUUCAUACCUUACAAUGCUUAUAAUUUCUAUUUGAAUGGAACUAAAGGAGAACUAUUUGAAGUAGCUUAGGCAGUUAUUGUUAUCGUUGAAUUAGACAUUCCUGUGUUAGAAUUAAAACGACCUGAAUAUUUAACAUCAAAGAGAGUUAAUAUGAAUCAAGAAAUUAGCAUUAAAUUCCUUUAUCCUACAAAGAACCCAGACAGUUUGUUUUAUGGAGGUGCAAUUGUAUAUGAUUUCAAUGUAGUGGCAACUCUGAGAUUCUUCUUUACAUCAAUAACAAUAAAAUUCUGGGAUAGUUUCUAUGAUUUAAGUGAUCUUGCAUAAUUAGGAUUUAGAGCAUCAGUCUAUAAUCCUCAAUUCUUUAUGCCUUCUACUACCACUUUAUUGAUUAACAUUAACAUACCUCCUCGAAAUUGUAAAUUGAAUGUAUCACCAAAUAAUGGACUAUCAUUUGAUACUUAAUUCACAAUAAAGGUUAGUGAUUGUGAGGAUAGUGAUACUCCUUUCACAUACAAGUUUUCAUUCUAUUAUUCCCCAACGCAAUACAACAUUGAUAUUUUGAAGGCUUCUUCAUUGAAUCAACUUUUACUACUUGAUUAUUCAAUUGACAAUGAAAUAACAACAAUUUUACCUAAUCCUUUAAAAGAUUCAGCUGUAACUUAACCAUUCAUUAUUUUAAUGGCCUCAAUUUCAGAUGCUUUAGGAGCUUUAUCUAAUCUCACAUCUUCUGUAGUAGUAGGAUUGAAUUAGGCAGAUCUAAAACAUAGACUUUAGGUUGCUGAGUAUUUAAAGAAAAGAGAACAAUAAGAAGAUAAAUUCUCUCCAUUACCAUAUUUCUUUAGAUCAAGAUAAUUAGCAGAAGUUACUUAUGCUACAGAUAGAUUCAUUGAAUUAUAUUAGAAUAGAACUAGUAUGUCAAUUCCAGAAUAAAUUAAUUUAUUAAAUCUACUGGCAAUUGGUGUCAAAGAUUUAACUAUAGAUGAUCCUUCUGCUGAUCAAGAUACAAAUGAAACUGCAAUAAUAAAAGAAGAAUAAAAUAAAUUACUUACUCUCAAAUAGAGUAUUUUGGCAUCACUUAAAGAAAUGUAAUCAUAAGAUGUAAGUGUUGCUACAAAGAGUUCUUUAACUAAAUCAAUUGAAGAAUUAAUGAAUGAUGAAGAUAUAUAAUUAAGUAUGAGUUCUGAAGGUAUGGAUGCUGAAUUAGAUAAAGCAGAUACUAUUGUUUCUACUAGUACUAGUGGAGUUAGUAAUCUUCAAGGUGAUAUUGAAAAUGGUAAUGUUGACUUUAAAUCCUUCAGAGAGAAAGAGAAUCUCUAAAAUGAUAUUAUGAGAACUGCUGGUUUAUUAAAUGGACUAUUAGCAGCUGGUUAAAAUCAAAUGGAUUCUUUAGAAACUACAAGUACUACUAAUACUACUACUACCUCUAAUGAAACUGAUAGUAAUUCAACUAAUGAAGCUGAUGCUGCUUGGUAAAAAAUGAAGGAUAAUAAUGCUAAAUUGUUUAAAGUUUAAGAAUCCAUCAAAUUUGGAUUAACUUAAACUGCUGAUCCAAAUGCACCUCCUAAAGUAUUUUCAGGAGGAUCCUUUUCUAUGAAAUCAUCUAUUGCUACUCCAUCUAAAAUGGCUGAAUAUAUGGCAGGUUCAGAUCCAACUAAAACAAAAAAAGAAAUUAAAAUUAGUGAUGAUGUAGAAUCAAAUGAUGAUGAUGAAUCUACUAUCUAAACAGUUAAUUAUAAUUAAGCUGAAUUUGUAAAUAAUCCUUAUGCUACUGAUGAUUCAUUCCCAAGUAGAUCUGUACCAGCAUCUGUCUAAAAUAUUGAACCAAAAUUACCAAAUGGAUCAGUCAUUGUUCCUAAAUAACCUAUUCCUAUGUCCUUUGGAGUUACAGCAGCAAAAUAAGCUGCAAAAUUAAGAAGACUUAGAAGACUCUAUGGUAGAAGAAAUAUGCAAUAUUACUAAGAUCUAUAUGAAUUAGAUGAAGAACCUGAAAGUUAAUAAAUCUUCUGUAUAGGUAAAAGUGCAGAUGGAAGUUGGAGUUCAGGAGGAGGAAAUUGUAAAUCUGUUACUUAAAUUGAUGCUACUGGAGCUGUUACUGUUACAUGUUAAUGUGAAUAAUUAAGUCCUACUUCUGUAGGUGAUGCUAUUGCUGAUGCUUUAGCUUUUGAUAAAUUUGCUAAGGCAUUCUCUAUGGAAGCUUUAUUAGCCUUACUCAAUUUCCCAUUCUAUAAAUCAGUUAUUGUUUAUGCUUUAGCUUUCAUGACGACUGCUUUAGUAUUUUCAGUUAAAUAUGGAUUUAAAAAAGAUAGAGAAGAUGCUGAAAAGAAAUUACUUGCUCCUCAUUUUGUUGAAUCAGAGUAUAUCAGAAUUAAAGCUGAAGAAAAUUAAGCUAAACGAUCAGAAUAACAAAAAUUAAAAAUGGAGAAGCAAAAGCAAAUUGAACUAAAACUUCAAUAAGAAUAUGAAGAAUAAUUAAGAUUAUAAUAAGAAUAACAAAAAGAAAAUGAAGAAUAAUAAAAUAAUCCCGAAAGACAAAUCAAUACUAGUUAACAAUUCCCCUUAUAAGAUGAAGCUCCUGUUGAUAUUGUUAUGGUCUAACCUGAUAUUGAACCUGAUGAAUUGAUGAAAAUUAGAUAAAUGGAUGAAAUCAAAUUAGAAUAAAAUGCAGAUGCUCCUUUAAAGAGUGAGCCUACAUAUAGAUCUGAUUCUGAUGAUUCUGAUAAACCACCCAAUUAAGUGGUUUAUGAUGAAGAAGAUAGUGAAAAUAGCGAUAAUAUGGAAAGUCUCUAUGAAGUUCCAGAAAACAUUCUAGACUAAUAACCUGAUUAAAAGUAAAAAGAACCUGAAGUUGCUUAAUACUUUAAGUAACUCGAACCAGAGUUUUCCAAAUCUUCUUUUUCUAUUGCAACUAUCAAAUAAAAAAGUGUAUCUAAAUAAGAUUAAUCAUAAUAAAAAUAAUCAUCAUAAUAAUAAUAAAAAUAAUAAUAAUAAUAUUAAUCAAUUUCAUAAUAAUAAUCACAAAUUCUAUAAGAUUAAUAAUUAUAAUAAUUAAAAUCAGAAAGUAUUGCUGAUCUUGAAUAAUUCAAUUAAGAAUUAGAAAAACAAUUCCAAUAAUAAGAUUAACAAUAAUAGAAAUAAUAAAAUAAUAUUUUAUAACCACCUUAAUAUGAUAUGGGUGAUAGCUAAUAAUAUGAACUUCAUCCAGAAUUAAAAGAUUCACCUAUUAUCAAUAAAAAAGAUAUGGUUACGCCACCCUUCUGUCCUGAAUUAUAAUCAAAUGAUUUACCUAAUCUUUAAGAUGAUGAUGGUUGUGCACUUAGUGCUAUAAAAAUUAAUGAUAUAAAUCAACCUGCUCCUGUUAAUUAAGAUGAUUCAUUUGAAAAAGAUGUUAAAGAAGCUGGCUAAUCUGAAAUUAUAAAACCUAAACAAAAGAAAAAAUCAACUACUAGAAAGAGAAAGAGAAAUAAAAACAAAACUUAAAAUUAAAAAGACAAAGACAAAGGAAAAGAUGUUUUAGACAACUCUACUGAAGAAGAAGAUCUAAAAGAAGAGCCAGAACCAACUUAUGAAAUCAAAGAAUAAAUGGUUCAAUAAUGGCAUAGGGAUUAUAAACGAAAGAAGUUCUUAGAAAGUGGAUGCUCACUUAAAUUUUCCCUUGCUAAUGUUCUAUUAUUUAUGUCACUAUUCCACAAAAUUUUAUGCAUCUUUUUACUUUUUGAAAGAAGAUUACCUCGUCCCAUCAGAUUUUGUGUUUUGUAUAUGACCAUACUAAAUACUUGCUAUAUUAAUAUAUUCUUUUAAGUGCCUUUAGAACCUUUACAAUCAAUUAUAUUCAGUGUUUUCUCGGCUAUAUUAUCUAACUUUGAAAUGUUUGUUAUUUUGUUUUUAAUGCCACAUAAAGUCUUUGUUGUUAGAUAAAUUGGAUGGGGAAUUUUUAUUUCUUUAACUACAUUGUUAAUUUACUUCAUUCUUACAGCCAUGGCCUUUGAAGCUAAUGAUUCUGGUGGAGAUAUUACUAGAUCUAAUAUGUGGGGUCUCAAUUUCAUUAUUGGAUUCUUAAACACUCAUUGUGUAUCAGAUCCCAUUAAAUUAUUAAUCGUUUUCAAAGCUGUUCAACUAAGUUUAUCUGGCGCAACUGGUCUUUUACAAACGAUUUUAGUGAAAAUAUUUGUCAAUCCUGCUACAAAUAUUUUCUUUGAGAUGAUAGAAGUAUGAGAAAUUAGCAGAAAUUAUGAGAAAUUAUAACAUAUUAAAC